AUGGCUAUGUCCCCCACACCUGAGCAGUUGGGAUAUGUUUCUGACAACACAACGGAGAGAAGUGCAAAUGGGAGUUUAGUUCCUGGAGCACCUGAAGGAUUUGACUUCGAUAAGUGCAUACAGAUCUCCUCUCUGCUCAUUGACGCGCUUGGGCUGUUGGGGAACGGCGUGGUCUUGUGGCUCCUGGGCUUCCGAAUCCAGAGGACCCCCUUCUCCGUCUACAUCCUGAACCUGGCGGGGGCCGACGCCCUCUUCCUCUGCUGUUCCUUUCUGAUCUUCAUAGAUAAAACUGUUAGAUUUCUUUAUUCCUCUUUCGUUUUUAUGGCAACGCUUUGCCUCAGAUACAUCUCCUACACUGUGGGCCUGAGCCUACUGGCCGCGAUCAGCACCGAGCGCUGUCUCUCCGCGCUCUUCCCCCUCUGGUACCGAUGUCACCGCCCCAAGCACACGUCUGCUACUGUCUGCACUGGGCUCUGGGUUCUGAUCACCCUGCCCGCGGUUACAAAUUUUGUCCUAUGUUUUUUUAAGUUUGCUCCCCAUUCCUGCCCCCACUUCGUCAUCGUCCGGUUCCUGUGGUUCCUCCUCCUCACCUGCGUCCUGUGCGUGUCCAGCCUGACUCUGCUGCUGAGGGUCCAGUGCAGCUCCCGGCGCCGGCAGCCGCCCAGGCUCUACCUCCUGGUCCUGCUCACAGUCCUCGUGUUCCUGCUCUGCGGCCUUCCCCUGGGGUUUGGGGAUUUCAUAAAUAAUCGCUUCCAAUUAAAGUCCAUGCCUCGAUGGCUGUCUUCACUACUGGCCUGUGUGAACAGCAGCGCGAACCCCUUCAUUUACUUCUUCCUGGGCAGCCAAAAGCGUAAAAGGAGGGAGCCCCUCAGGCUAGUCCUCCAAAGGGCCCUGGAGGAAGAGCAAGAAUAG